UGUUUUUUGAGAUAAAAAAUGGCAGAACAAAGACAAGAGAGACUUUUCAAGAAUGAUGAGGUACUGACAAUGCUGCAGGAUGAUGCCGGGAGCCUGGUUUGUCCUCAGGAUUCAUCAUCAGAUGAUGAAGAUCUCCUGCAUCCCACACAAGACAGCGAUGACUCGGAUUACUCUCCUUCAUCAUCAGAAAGUGAUGAGGAUUACGAGACACCCUCUGCCAGUGUCUCAGGACCUUCAAGGGCCCCACAGCCAAGAGGCCGAAGAACGGCUCUAGGACUUUUACAACCCCAGGUGUUCACACCUCAGCCAGGCCCAGCAGCACCUCCCCCCAUCACUAAGCGGAAGAGAGGAUGCUCUUCUCUAAGAACUUCUACUCCACCUACCAAGCAUGGAAAAAGUAGGUUGGCAUCUACGGAGAGUGAGGAGGACAGGUGGCAUGACAAAGAAGAGGAGGACAACAAGCCUGACCCUCCCAGAUUCAUGCCAGCCAGGAUCCCAGGCCCCACGUUUGACACCUCUGCAGCAUGGUCUCCCAUCAGUCUAUUCCAGCUCUUCUUUUCAGCAUCUGUUGUCCGAAAAAUCAUUGACAACACAAAUGCCAAUGCUGCUAAAAGAAAGGAAGCUGGGUUGAAGUUCAAGUGGGAAGCGCUCACAAUGAAGGAUUUUUACAUUUUCCUAGCCAUUCUCAUUUUCACUAGCCUUGUGACAGUGCACCACGGGUCUGAUUACUGGAGGAAGAAAUGGCCAUACAACUUCUCCUUCCCCAGUGACCACAUGAAACGGGAUCGCUUUGAGGCCAUUUUGUGGUCUCUUCACCUCAGCGACCCAAAAGAGGCUGAGGAAAAUGACAAAAAAAAGAACACUGCUGAGUAUGACAGACUUUUCAAGCUAAAGCCCCUCUACACACAGAUGGUGAACGCCUGCAAAGCACAUUUCCAGCCAUAUCAGAAUCUGUCCAUUGAUGAGCAGAUGAUUGCAACCAAAGCCCGCAUGAGCAUGAAGCAGUACACCAAAGACAAGCCCACAAAAAGAGGUUAUAAACUGUUUGUGCUGGCUGAUUCAUCAAUAGGCUACACCUGGAAUUUUUUUAUCUAUGCAGGCAAAAAUGAGUCCCCCACAGCCCACAGUGUGAGUUACUCAGCAGUGAUGAACCUUUUGCCAUUUCCUCUCCUCGGUGGUGGCUACAUAUUAUACACAAACAAUUUUUAUACAAGCCCUGCUCUCUUUACCGAGCUGUCCCGUAAGAACAUUAGGUGUUGUGGGACCAUUCGGAAAAAUCAUAUUAGCGUCCCACAAACCCAGACCAACGAACUGCCCAAAAAGACUGAGAGGGGGGACAUGCGCUGGAUCAGGAGUGGCAACCUCCUCUUCGUAAAGUGGAUGGACACGCGAGAGGUCACAAUGUGCUCCACAGUGCAUCAGGCCUACAGUGGACAGACAGUGAAGAGAAAGGUGAAGGAGGCUGGGGUGUGGGAAAACAAGUCCAUACCAGCUCCAGACAGCAUUGUGGACUACAAUAAAAACAUGGGUGGUGUUGAUUUGUCCGGUGCACUGAUCACAUUGUACAGUGUCCGCCACAAGACCAUGAAGUGGUACAAGACUUUGUUUUACCACUUUGUGGACAUUGCUGCAGUGAACAGUUACCUUCUACACAAGGAGCUGUCCAAGAUGAGGCAGGACCCCACCCGGACAAAGUCUUUCACACAGAAGACCUUCAUGGAGCAGUUGGCCAAGGAGAUGCUUGAGUUUGCUGGCUCAGCAGCUACCUCACCCCGACCCACUCCCUCCACCACUUGCAUGCCCAUGUUCCUCAACAAACAGGAAACAAGGGCCAGGAAGUAUUGCAAGAGGUGCUACAAUGCUGGAACACCAAGGGUGAAGACAGCCGUGUACUGCAGGAGGUGUGAGGUUCCACUCUGCCUCAACUCAAAAAAGAACUGUUUCCAGUUGUGGCACGAUGGACAGUAACUUUGCAAUUCAUGUGUG